AUGAUUCACGAAGAAGGAGGAUUUCUACUAAGAAGCUGGCGCUCGAACAGUAGAGAAGUAUUGAAAGAGUUAGAAGAAACAAAUUCAGCUGGAACAAAAACCGUCGUCCAAGGAGGUGCAUUCGAACGCGUUCUAGGAUUGCUGUGGAGUACUGAAACCGAUGAACUCUACUUUUCAACGAUGAUGUCGACCGAGAUCCAAAGCCUGGUUGAUGACAAUCAGCGACCCACAAAGCGACAGAUACUGAAAUGCCUGAUGGAAUUCUUUGAUCCGCUAGGACUUCUGAGUCUAUUUCAUAUCCACGGGAAAAUGCUUCUUCAAAAUGUCUGGCGAUCGGGAAUCGAAUGGGACGAACUAGUGAGCGAUAGAAUUUUUGAGCGUUGGCAGAAAUGGACCAAACUCAUCGAAGAAGUAAGCGAUGUGCGUAUUCCAAGGUGUUAUUUCCACCAAGCGACGGUAAAACGCUAUGAUGGAUUACAGCUGCAUGUUUUCGUCGAUGCUAGCGAAGUAGCUUAUUCCGCGGCUGUUUAUUUUCGUUUAGUAAAUUCUGAUGGAGUAGGAGAGUGUACCCUGGUUUCCGCAAAAGCAAAAGUGGCUCCGUUAAAACCUCUCUCGGUGCCAGGAAUGGAAUUGCAAGCCGCGGUGUUGGGAUCGCGAUUGAUGAAAUUCGUUGAAGAAGGUCACUGUCUCGCCAUAGUGCAGAAGUAUUUGUGGAGCGAUUCGGCUACUGUGUUGUCGUGGCUUCGAGCAGAUCAUCGCAGAUAUAAGCAGUUCGUGGCCUGUCGUAUCGGGGAGUUACUUACGACAACGAAUGUUAGCGAAUGGCGGUGGGUGCCAUCAAAAUCUAAUCCAGCCGAUGCUGCAACCAAGUGGGGUCAAGGACCAAAGCUGACGCAAGACAGUAUGUGGUUUAAAGGCCCAGAAUUUCUACGCGGACCGGAAAUAAGUUGGCCUAUACAGAAGAACUCUGCUGUAGAUACGAAAGAAGAGUUGCGUCCUUGUUACUCACACAGUAAAGUUGUGUUACCGAAACCUGUGAUCGACCUGGAUCGGUUUUCGAAGCUUUCUCGGGUGGUAAGAACCGCAGCGUACGUAGCAAGAUUUCUGGCAAAUUCGAAGCGGAAGCAGAUUGGAGAAGAAGCAGUGAGCGGAAAUUUAACAUCGGAGGAACUAAAAUCGGCAGAAUAUUCAUUGAUACGAAUGGUGCAAUGGCAGGCGUUUCCCGAUGAAAUGGCGAUAUUCGUGAAAAACCAGCGAGACUCGGCUGAGAAGACAGGAUCUAUAGGCAAAAGUAGCGUCAUCUUCCAGUUGUCACCUAUAUUAGACGAUAAUGGAUUGCUUCGCGUUGGCGGACGAAUCGGGAAGGCUCCUAACAUCAACUUAGAAGCAAAGUUUCCAGUCAUACUCCCACGGAAUCAUAAGUUUACCGUUCUACUGCUGGACGAUUACCAUCAAGUAUUACGUGCCAAGACUGAGAGUACUCGACCGUUUACCUAUGUGGGUGUUGAUUUCUUCGGACCGCUACUCGUUAAAAUUGGAAGAAGUAAUGCAAAACGUUGGAUCGCUGUAUUCACUUGCCUGACCGUUAGAGCCGUUCACGUUGAAGUCGCUCAUAACCUCAGUACCGAUUCGUGCGUCAAGUGCAUAAGGCGGUUCGUUUGUCGACGUGGCUCUCCGGUAGAGAUACAUUCCGACAACGGAACUAACUUCCAAGGAGCUGAUAGACUGUUGAGGGAACAGAUGCAAGAGAUACAAGGAGAACUUGCAGCAACGUUUACCAACACGAACACGAAAUGGCUAUUUAUACCACCCGCGAGCCCACACAUGGGUGGGUCGUGGGAAAGAAUGGUUCGUUCUAUAAAAACUGCGAUGCAAACAGCGUACGAUAACUGUCGUAAGCUUGACGAUGAAGCAUUACUUACAUUGGUUGUCGAAGCAGAGGCGAUAGUCAACACUCGUCCUUUGACGUAUCUACCAUUGCUUCAGAGGAAAGCGAAGCGAUUACACCCAAUCACUUCCUUUUGGGAAACUCCAGUGGCGUUCGUCAGCCAGCAGUUAAGCCAACGGAUUCGGGAGCGGCUCUGCGAACUUCGUGGAGUUAGAUCCAGUAUCAACUAG